GCUCAAGCAGGCGGUAGAAAUGGAGAGCAAAGGGACUGGGAGGGAGAGUGAAAAUGCCGAGGAGACAUGGCGUGGCAGCAAGACAAAAUAAGGGGAUUUAAAUCCACCAAAAGGAGUUCUCUGAAGAACAAAGUGAAGGUUGAGGAGUCGAGCGAGCGUUAACUGUCUGGAGGAUUUUCAUUUCGCUUUGCUUUGGUCUCCCCGCGUAAUCAGUGCGCACUCAACGUCUGUGUUGGUCUGUAUCUGCAGAGAGAAGUCUGGCGAAAAACCCAGUCUGACAGGAUAAAAGGUAGCUCAGUAUGAGUCGAGAUGUGUGGGGAAAGAAGAAAGCCAAUGCCAGUGGUGACAAUGGUUGGGGUGAAAGAGGCGGCUACAUGGCUGCCAAAGUUUCUAAGCUGGACGAGCAGUUUAAACUCGAUGCCCCCAGAGAGAAACAGAAGGACGGUUCAUGCUCCACUAUUUUCAGCGGAGUAUCCAUCUAUGUCAAUGGAUACACAGAUCCAACUGCAGAUGAGCUGCGCAGACUGAUGAUGCUGCAUGGUGGACAGUUCCACGUGUACUACUCUCGCUCCAAAACUUCCCACAUCAUCGCCAAUAACUUGCCCAACAACAAAAUUCAGGCGCUUAAAGGGGAAAAGAUCGUCAGGCCGGGGUGGAUCACUGACAGUGUCAAGGCCGGGCGUCUCCUUCCUUGCCUACAGUACCAGCUGUACACUCAACAGAAAGGCCCGCUCUUCCCCGGCAUGACUCCGCGCCAGGCGUCAGAGAUCGCAGGACCCAGCCAUCAAAAGCUUCAUCUGCCUCAGCGCAGCAUUCAGCACUCUGUACUCAACCAUGAGCAGUCCUUGUCCAGCUGCCAGAACAACUCCAUCCCCAACUCCGGCCACAGCCGACUUUACCAUGGCAACAUCCAACCUCAGUCCAUCCAGCAAAACUCUACAGUUCACUACAUUAGCCCACAACCAAGUCCCUUAGCAUCCACUUACCUCAAUACAGAUCCCAGACACAGAAGCCCUUUACACACCCACCUGCUGUCUAACCCAAGCCCCACAAAGCCCCCACACAAGCCCCCCCACAAGCCCCCACUGUCUACUCUGCAAACACCUCAUGCUUAUCUGCAGCACCAGAGGGCUGGCCAACAACAACCUCAGAUCAACUCUUCUUGCAACAGGGCCCGGAGUGGCUGCAAGGAAGUGGAAUUAAAAAUAAAUGGAUUUCUGCAGACCUCAUUGGACAUGACGAGCCAUUCAAAAAUCUGUGAAAUGCAAGAGUGUGGUAAAGGAGAUCCUCUCCCGCAGGUGGUGAAGGAAGCACACCUGACAAAUGGACACACUCACCUUGUUAAUGGUGCCUUAAAGCCCGAGGACCUGCCCCCUGUUACAGAUGAACCCUCUGAUGACAAGGAACUUCCUCAAUGCAGAGUCAAGAGUUCAGAUGAUAAACCUCAGAGUCCUCCAGGGCAGCUUCAGACCAAACCUGACCCUUAUGAGUUUCCCCACAGUCCUCCAAAGCAAUUUGACCAGUCUCCUGUCUCUCUGAAGCAAUCCAAUUCACAUGGAGCCAACGAGCAGAGACCUAAACCUCCACCCCCCACCUACCAGGAGGCUGUGAAAGCCACCGAAACACAACCACUCCCUAAAGAACUCCAGCCGUCCCGUCAAGUUGAUUCAAAUCCCGAGAAGACUCCUCUUUCACCUGCAUCUCGCUCUCUAUUACCUUCUCCGGUUCGACUGAACGGAAGUCACCACAAUGCCUUUUCAUCUGACCCUGCCUCGCUAAACUCAACCAACGUAACAUCCAAACCUCAUUCUCCCUCUGAAAAAUCUUCAACACCUUCUAAGUCUUCAGCGCAGAUGCUGGCAAAGACGGGCGGCUUGAUCUCUGAGUACUACUCUCACUCACGUUUACACCAGAUCUCCACGUGGAGGUCCGGCUUUUCCGAUUAUGUCAAUGAACUGCAUGGCAAGCGAAAAGCAGCGGGGGCCGCCUCUUUUCCUGGGAAAGACCGACUGAGGAAAUCCGUGGCCCAGCGCCCUACAGACAGUCGAGGUACGUCGGCACUCGCAAGUGUCAAAUCUUGUAUUCUACAUGUGGACAUGGACUGUUUCUUUGUGUCUGUGGGGAUCCGACAUCGACCAGAGCUCCAAGGUAAACCUGUAGCUGUGACCAGUAGCCGUGGACAGGGCAGAGUGCCACUGAGGCCCGGGGUCCAACCUCAGCUGGAGCAGGAGUACUACCAGAGGAAACAUGCUCAUCCUCAACCUGAGAGCGCGCAUGAGGACCUAGACAGCAGUCCUUCACAAUACAGUCCUGCCUCCCAUACUAAUGGCGUGGACCAGGAUGUCGGUACUCUCUCAAUGGCAGAGAUUGCAUCCUGCAGUUAUGAGGCCAGGCAGGCGGGCGUGAAGAAUGGGAUGUUUUUUGGCAAAGCAAAACAACUGUGUCCCUCGCUGCAGUCCGUCCCUUAUGAUUUUGAGGCCUAUAAAGAGGUGGCUCUCACCAUGUACGAGACUCUGGCAGGUUACACCCAUGACAUCGAGGCUUUGAGCUGUGAUGAAGUGUUGAUAGACGGUUCUGCUCUGCUCGCUGAGUUGCGCAUCACCCCAGAAGAUCUGGCCAGAGUGAUCAGAGCAGACAUCAAGGAGAAAACGGGAUGCUGUGCCUCAGUGGGCAUGGGGUCCAACAUCCUGUUGGCUCGGCUGGCGACCCGUAGGGCCAAACCAGACGGGCAACACCUCUUAAAGUCUGAAGAAGUGGAUGAUUUUAUCAGGGACCUGCCAGUGACCAGCUUACCAGGUGUUGGGCCUGUUAUGGGCAGAAAGCUGGCUGCGAUGGGUGUGAGGUCAUGUGGGGACCUCCAGCAGAUGUCUCUGUCCCAGCUGCAAAAGAAGUUUGGAGCCAAGACCGGACAAACCCUGUUCCGCUUCUGCAGGGGGCUGGAUGAGCGGCCUGUGCGCUACGUGAAGAAAAGGAAUUCGGUCUCAGCUGAGAUGAACUACAACAUUCGCUUCACUAAGGUUGAUGAGGCCGAGUCUUUCCUCACUAACUUGUCCAUGGAGGUGCAAAAUCGUUUACAAGACGCAGGGCUGCGGGGUCGCAGAGUUACCCUUAAGGUCAUGUUACGCAAAGUUGGAGCGCCACUGGAACCGGCUAAAUAUGGAGGUCACGGCAUUUGUGAUAACCUAGCCAGGACUGUGAUGCUCGCUCAGUCCACUAACGAGGGUCAGCUGAUUGCCGCUGCAGUCAUCAAGCUGUUGCAUGCCAUGAAGCUGCAGGUUCAGGACAUGAGAGGAGUCGGCAUCCAGAUUCAGCUUCUUGACGGACAUCACUCUGUCCCCCAGGACUCUGCGGGCCCCGGGUCACGGUCCAUCAAAGAAAUGUUGCUUGGCCAGGGAAGUGCGAGAUCCAGCAACAGAGAUGCUGCUGAAAACAGCGAACAUCAGGAAAACGCUUCCUCAACCACAGACCCAUCCUCUGGCUCCUCUCCACAUCCUCUGUGUUCUCCCGAGCCGGUCCCAGGGACGAGCACAGACCAGCAGGCGUGCAGACAAACGCCAAAACAUUCUCGAGCACGUCUCAACUUCAGUAUCGAGAUCCCCUCCCCUUCACAGGUGGAUCGUUCCGUUUUGGAGGCGUUGCCUGCAGAGCUGAGGGAACAAGUGGAGCAGUCGUGGACUAAUCGGGAAAGGACGGCAAACAACCAUCGACCACUCAGUCCACAGCACCCGGCUCCUCUUCCGCAGCCUCCCUCUCUGAAGUCUCGUCCUCCCUCCCCUCCUCGUCCUCCCGCCUCUGCUCCUGCACUGUACACUCCACCACUCGGCACGUUACUUCUACAGAUCCCAGACCAGCCCGACAGUCUGGGAAUUGUACUGGAACUACCAAACUUCUCACAGGUUGAUCCGGAUGUAUUUGCUGCCCUUCCCAAAGAGCUCCAGGACGAACUGAAGUCUGCCUACAACCGUGUAACAAAUGUCCAGCCUCAGACAAAGACAUCAGUGGAGCAGAAGAAUCCACUGUUGCAGCUAAAACAGUCAGGACUUGGAGUUGGUCGGGUGAAGCGGCGCUACAAGAGAAAAAAUGUGGCGAGCCCUGUUAAAAAAGGUCCUUCCCCUGCGAAGAGGCGUCACACGGCGAACAGCCCGGCCAAAACCCUACCAUCUCCUCUAAAAUCACGGGAACCAAUGAACACAUUGAAGACUGAAAAUGGUUCCUCCGCAUCGACCUCAAAAGCAGACGUCCCGGAGUCUCUGUGCAAAUUCAUUCCUCGCCCUUCUCCAGUAUUGGCUGGAGCCUUUGACCUCACAGACAUUAGAACACUUCUACGGGAAUGGGUGACCACCAUACCAGAACCCAUGGAGGAGGACAUCCUGCAGGUGGUGAAGUACUGCACUGAUCUGAUUGAGGAUAAAGAUCUGGAGAAGUUGGAUUUGAUAAUUAAAUACAUGAAAAGGCUCAUGCAGCAGUCGGUGGAGUCUGUUUGGAGUAUGGCCUUCGACUUCAUUCUAGACAACGUGCAGGUGGUUGUGCAGCAGGCUUAUGGUAGCACCCUGAAGGUAGCAUGAAGAAGGAGGACGUACUGAUGUGAUGUGUUACCACAACCGCCACCAAUCUUUUGUUUUGCUACUAUCACACUGUCUUCUGCAAUAUAAAUUUUGACAUCUAAAUGAUGAUUUUUCUCAGUGGCCUCCUCAAUGAGUCGAUCGACAGAAACAUAAACUGCAACUAAUGUGAGACACUAAUGAAUGACUACACACACACACACACACACACACACACACACACACACACGAUAUGGGAAAGCGUUACAGGAGCCAUGACAGUAUUAGACGAGAGUGUGUACAGUUUAUAAUUUUCUGUUCUAGCUUUUUUUUUUUUUUAAAGGAACAAGUAACACAAACUGAAAGGCAGGAAAUGUACCGUACUUAGAAUCUACUCACCAAAACUCAGAACAGUGAUAAUCAUAGCAGCUUUUUGCAAAUUCAUCACUUUUCAUAUGGAGUUCUUUUCUAAAUAUGUGACGUUUUAUAUAAGGAUUUUUGCAAGCAGUGCUUAACUCUUUCUUAUCUGAGCCAGGCCUUUUCAGAUUUAAAAUUUCCCUCCUGAUGAGCGUUUUCCACGCGAAACAGCAGUUGACUUCUAAACUAAUGUUACAGUCACAGGCACAUUUUUAUUUUUUAUUUUUUUUAUUCAUGCAGUUAAAUAAGUCUAGGUUUCAAAAUAUGACUUUGCAAACAACACCAUCAUCAUGGUUAAACACAAAGCACCUUUUGGAGAUUUUAGAAUCAGUUAGUCUCGUAGCACUCUUCGGACGUCAGACUUUUCAUAAUGGCCGAAAUAAAAAUAUUUUAUUUUUCAUUACCGUUUCUUUGGUGCUUCUUGCCACUUGAACAGACCUGUGAACUUUCUACUACUGCUGUGUCUCAAACAAAAAAAAAGCAAACAAAAUAUAGUCUGCUGCAUACAGUAGUAUCUUGUUUUCCUUGUCUCUCGCAAAAAAAAGUGCCAAACCUUGUUAUUGUAUGUAAAUAAUGUUUUGAAAGUUUUAAAAGAAAAGAUGUACGUGGAGGGUAGUAAAUUCUUAGUAACUUGUCUUCAAAUUGUAAAAAUCUCCUCACUCUUUAAUUGUUUGUAAGUGUUCCAACAUGGAAGCUGGCCAAAGCACUUCCUGUGAGGUUAACUGUUGAUUCUCAGUAGCACUCUGACUCGGGAGGAUGUUGACAGGGGUUAUGGCAAUCAAUAAGUAGCCUAUGCAGUUCUUUUUUUUUUUUCACUAGCAAACGAGAUGUCCCUUCAAGAUAAUGUAACGUUUCAUACAGCCUUUGUAUCUGGAGUAAAUCUUUUCUAGUGUGUUUCCAGCCUAGUUACCAGUUUCACAAAUCUGAAUAUUGAACUAAUGCUGGUGACCUGAUUUUUAACUCAACGUAUGUACUUGUGUACUUCAUUUAAUGGAGACAUUUGUAUGGCUUGUGGCUACAUCAUUGUAAUUCUGUGAAGUUGACAUUGAUGAUUGGUGAUUUAGAAGUACUCAGCAGAUGCGGCUGGCUGGCUGGCUGGCUUGUGAUCUCACCAUGCAAGACGUGUGUGUGUGUGGUUGAAAAGUUUUCUUAAAGCAGUAUCCCCUAUAUGCAAACCAAAUCAAUCUGUCAUUUUUUUCAACUCGUUGAAAUGAAUGUAAUUGAGAGUGUGCAAGUCUCCACUCACUUUCAAGAUGUUUGCUUCUCUACACCCGUCAUAUCUUUCUGAAAGGGAAUGACCAGAAGUUAAAAUUGGCCAGUCUUGUCUUCUCUAAACUGGCUUGUGCCUGAAGACCUGAAGCUGUGAACUUGUUUGUAAGUUUUCUAAAUUUUGGUAAUAAAUUGUAAACUCUGUAUUAA